AUCCGUAAACAAUAAAAAAAAUAUAACCCCUUGAAUUAUAGCAAUAAAAUUACAUAUUCCUCUAUGGAUCACCUAAAAAAACCUUAAUUCCACAGUAGUUAACAGUAUGCAUGCUGCAGCAAGAAUAAAUAGAGUGCUUCUCCAUCGCAGAAUGAGUAUAAAUAGUUUGAUCAGAAUGGAAGUUCUGAUCUGCAUGAUCCUUCUACUUUCCGUUGACGUCAAGAGUACUCUAGUGAAAAGCCAACGGCCACUUAAAGUCAUCGCCGGUGGUGGCGCGGCAGCUGCUGUAUCAGUACAAGUUACUCUGCCACCAGUCGCCUCCCCCUUACAAAACCAGCUGAUUUUCGCUGAUCAAAGGCUGGAAAUAGUGUAUCCCGUCAUUCAGAGAUUCAAGAAUCUCAUAACCUCUGAUCCCUUAAACAUAACUUCCUCAUGGAUCGGCACAGAUAUAUGCAAAUACAAGGGUUUUUACUGCGAAAGCCCCCCUGACAACAAAUCAGCCAUUGCCCUUGCUUCCAUUGAUUUCAACGGCUUCCAGUUAUCUUCACCAACCCUCGUCGGGUUCCUGGAUCUGCUCCCUGAUUUAGCCCUCUUCCACGCUAACUCCAACAACUUCGCCGGUACAAUUCCUGGAAACAUCGUCAAGCUCCCUUAUCUAUACGAGCUGGAUAUCAGCAACAACAGGUUCUCAGGGCCCUUUCCCACUGCAAUCUUAGCCAUGGAAGGCCUGUCAUUCCUGGACAUACGCUACAACUUCUUCUCCGGCUCCGUCCCCCCAGAACUAUUCGCCAAGGACCUCGACGCCCUCUUUCUCAACAACAACAAUUUCAUGACCAGGUUGCCUGACGACAUAGGAGCAACUCAUGUCGAGUAUCUCACCUUAGCCAACAACAAAUUCUUCGGGCCGAUACCACGUGGCAUUGCCAAGGCCCUGUCGGGUUUAUCAGAGAUCUUGCUGCUCGACAACAUGCUAAGCGGCUGCCUGCCAUACGAACUGGGACUCCUGAAAGAAGCGGUGGUUUUUGACGCCGGGAACAAUAACCUGACGGGGCCAUUGCCAUUUUCCUUGGGGUGUUUGGAAAAGCUGGAGGUUCUCAACUUCGCUGGCAACCUGCUGUACGGAUCUGUCCCGGAUGUGCUGUGCGGGCUAAGAAAUCUAAUGAAUUUAUCUCUGUCGGAUAACUAUCUUACGCAGGCUGGCCCUUCCUGUAUGAGGUUGAUCAAGAAUGGGGUGCUUGAUGUGAGGAAAAAUUGCAUUCCAGGGCAGCCAUUUCAGAGAUCAGUGGCUGAAUGCGCAGCGUUCUUUGCGCGUCCAAGGAAUUGUCCAUACAUGGAUACGUAUUCACAGGUUCCCUGUUGGCUUCCGACUUUCGGUGCAUCAGGUCCUGAACUGGCUCCUUCACCUUCCUAAUCACUCCAUGGAGAUGAUCAUAGUCGAAUUUCAAUUGUGAAAUUACAAUUGAAUUUCCAUUAAAAAAGACAAGAACUGUGUGUGAGUUAUAUCUUGAUGUGGUUAAAUCAUCAGCGUGAAUUUCUGUUUUAUUUACUAAUAAUCUUCUAGAGCUAGGCUAAAUUAUAAAAUGUGGAAAUAGUACUAUGAUUGAUUACCAAUGUGAAGAAAGCAAGGAGUGAAUUAUUACA